UCAGUCAUUAAAAAGUUUUUGUUCGAUCAACAGGUUAUAAAGGUGUUUAAAAGGUGUUAGAAUAAAAAAAAAUGAGUACAAAUUCUCAAUUAGAAGCAGAACUUACUGAUUUGAAACAAAAUUUUUACAUCGCAGUUGGAGUAUUAAGUACAGUUUUAUUUUUAGUUGGAGUUUUAUGUGCUGUUUUAUAUUAUUGGCUUUACAUUUUGGAACAAAACAUUAAAAAGGAGCGAAAUGAAGAACCCAAUUUUAAGAUACGACGAGCUGUAAUUAGAGAUGACCCUCGUACGCCAUCAACAUCGGUUCAUAAUGAUUCAAAUUAUUAUUCAUCGAGGCCUAAUGAUGACAGGAAUAAUUACAAAAAUCCUUUAACUAACAAUAAUAACGGCCAAAAUCGGCAAAGUGAGUCUCCGAUGGAUUUUAGAGAACAACUUCAACAACAAUUAUCGCAAAAUAAUCCCAAUCAUAGAUAUGGAAACGUCGGAAAUGUAAACGAUUGGAAUAAUUCGAACAGGAAUCCAAGACAAAGUGAACAACAGCUUCAUCAGAAUUUCUACGGUGCUGGUGUUGAUAAUGGCAAUUUUCGAUAUUAAAAGAUUUCAUCUAGUAUAAUCUAAAGAAAUAUGUAACCGCUAAAGAUUAUUAUCUAAUUAUCUAAUCAGUAUUUAUUAUAACCCGGCGAUUUAUAAUAUGUAAAUAAUAAUAUUUAAUAAAAAUUGAGA